UUACUUCUAAGACUAGUUAACUGCAUAGGGUUGAAAAUUUUCUUUUGGAAGCCUUUUGUUCAGUCUUCAGGAGCAAAUUGUUGGAGCUUUGUUAUCUGUCACAAAUCCUUACUGAUUUGAACAGGACUUUAAAAUUCACCUUUUGUUGUAGCUUCUGAUUUUUAUAUUCUGAGGCCUAUAACCACUUCAGUUUAUGCCUUAGGUGACCCGGUGAAAGAAGAAAAUGAAAGGCACUAAGAAAAGUCUUACAGAAGAGUAUCUCUACCUGGACUUUUCCCACCAAGCAGAAGGAUGCAUCUUCCCUCUUCAUACAUCUGUAACUUUAUUUUUGUUAUCCUAUUGUGACUGCAAAAUCUUUAAAGUUUACUUAGUCCUCACCAAAGAGAGCGCAGAUAGUUCUCUGCUAAAAGGUGCUGUGUCCCAGGAUAUCGAAAUCCAGAUUACUUCAAGGCAGGAACUUCCACCAAUAGUCCAGAAUUGCCGUUUACCUGCGGUGGUGCAGCAACCAGGCAACUUCUGUAGAGCAGGGCUUGCCGUUGUACUAAGACACACGAUCCAGAAGUCAUACGAAGCAGACCCCUCGAAGAAGGACAUUCUGGAACUUCUGGGUUUUAAAAAGACUUGCUUGAAAGCCUGUGCUGAGGUGAGUCAGUGGACCCGGCUGUGUGAACUCACCAUCCCUCUGGCUGUUGAGAAUUUCCUCAGUGAGUCUUCUGAGCAGUCCCCAGCCAUCCCUGCAGAAAUCCUGCAGCUGGAGAGGAAGCUGGCCGAGCCCGUGAGGGUGGCCAACGACGACAAGCUGCGCAGGCAGAAGCUGCAGCAGCAGACAGCGACUAGGGCGCCCCUCACCAAGGGGCGAGCAAAGGGCAAGGGCCACACGCAGGAAGCCUCUGAGGAGCUGGCCGCGUCCUCCAGCCUGGAGCUGACAGUGGCCUUCUCCAAGCUCCGGGUACAGGAAGAACCAGCACCAGCCAGCAGGGAGCCUGCGCACAUCAGGAAGGCCAAAGCCUCGGACCUCCCGCCCCUGGAGCACCUGUUUGCAGAAGGCCUGUUCUUCACCUUGGCGGACAUUGUGCUCUUGCCUUGCAUCCACCAGUUCUUGGUAAUUAUCUGCAAGAAAUUUUCUGAGAAGCUGAUAGAAUUUCCGCUGCUAGCCUCUUGGUACCAGAGAAUUCAGGAAGUACCAAGAGUGAAAACAGCAGCUUCUAAGUGUGGGAUUCAAUUUCUGCUUUUACCAGAGUUUUUGACCACCUCAAAUGAACAGCAUCCGAACCUCAGUGAGGUCCCAAAUGUAGAGGAGCAAAGUGAUCCUUUAUUUAUAGGAGGGCCGAGACCAACUCUGACCAAGUUAAUGGAAAAAGGCAUUGAAGUGGUGUUUUCUCCCCACCCUUGCCCUGCUUGGACACUUGAUUGGAAUGAGCUUCCUGCGGCAGUGAGCCCAAAGGAAGGUAAAAUGUCCAGUGACCGAGCUUUGAGGAAGCAGCAGCAGUUAAACAACCUCGCUUACGUGGUGACCGGUCAGGCCAGACCUGGAGACAGGAUUGUGGAUUUCUGCAGCGGUGGGGGCCACGUUGGAAUUGUCCUUGCUCACAUGUUACCAUCAUGCCAGGUUAUAUUAAUAGAAAACAAGGAACUAUCAUUAAUUCGUGCUAAGAAGAGAAGUGACGAACUCGGCUUAAGCAACAUUUGGUUCAUUCAGGCAAAUAUGGAGUAUUUCACAGGGACGUUUAAUAUUGGGGUGGCACUGCACGCUUGUGGAGUAGCUACAGACAUGGUGAUUGAGCACUGCGUCAACACACGGGCUUCCUUCGUCACGUGCCCUUGCUGUUACGGCUUCAUUCAGAACACCUCAAAGUUUAAUUUUCCAAAAAGUGAACAAUUCAAGAAAACCUUAUCAUACAAGGAACACAUGAUUCUGUGCAGAUUUGCAGAUCAGACAGGUGUCCAGCUUCCACCCCAGCGAAGGCUCAUAGGGAAGCAGUGCAUGUGCCUGGUGGACCUGGACCGAGCCAGAGCUGCAGAAGAACGGGGCUACUCAGUUCAGGUGAUCUCCAUGGAGCCAGAGAGCUGCUCCCCCAAGAACAACAUGAUCGUGGGCGUCCCCGUUUAGAACGAUAGAGUCGCGUGUGGUGUUUUCCCGUCCAUCUCAAGGUGAAAGCCCGUGUAUUCAGGGGUCUCGGCAUGAGUAGGAAACGCACGAGCCAUCUUGAGCCUCCUGUGCUCAGGAGGAAAGCCAGAGAGGCCCGCGGUAGA